AUGAGAGGCACCUGGGAGCGCAUCGAUCUCCCUCCCGUGCCUCGCUCUUCGCAUUCUCUUGACAUCAUCUCUGGCUGCGCUUACAUCUUUGGUGGCGAAGUCACUCCCCGCGAACCCGUUGAUAAUGAUAUGCUCGUCAUCCGCCUUCCCUUCAGCAGCGCCGGCGCCGACUACUUCAAGAUCAAAGCAAAGCCAGACACAACCAUCCCCACGCCGACGCCAAUUCAGGACAAGGGUAAAAAGGGCAAAUCAGACGAUGAUGGACGGGCUGCACAAGAUCUCGGCGACGUCCCCCCACCACGAAUUGGGCAUGCAACUGCCGUUAUUGGCUCGCGGAUAUUCGUCUUCGGCGGCUACGCGGGACCGGACAUGAGGCCUCUUGAUGAAAAUGGCCGAGUUUGGAUCUUUGACACUCGCACCCGUCUCUGGACCUACCUCGACCCUGUCCCUGCAGUCAAGGGCGGAUCAAUCAUCCCGCACCCGGCGCCACGAAGCUAUCACUGUGCCACGGCGACAGACCGACCCCGCGACUUUGCCCCUCCCCCGCGAACCCAGGCUCAGAGCUGGCAGGAGUGGGCGCUUGGUGAUACCUCCAAGACGGGCAUCCCGCAGGACCCCAUCGUCGGUCACGUCGCCGAAAACGCGAGUGACGAGGAGACUGAUGGCUAUGGUACCUUCUUCGUGCACGCCGGUAUUAAUGCCAGCGGCGAUCGUACCAGCGAUCUUUGGGCUUUUGACGUCCACUCGCGCACUUGGACUGAACUGCCAGCCGCACCGGGACCUUCCCGCUCGGGCACAUCGAUUUGCAUCAGCAAGAGCCGAAUUUUCCGUUUUGGUGGAUUUGACGGGCAGAGGGAGAUUGGAGGCCAAGUUGACUUUUUGAAUCUCGAGGUCGAAAUGUUUGAUGACCGGGUCACUCGCGGCGAAGUGUCUGUUCGGGCCCGUGGCGGAUGGCAAUCCAUAUACGAAAACGCACCAGAAGCUUCGUCAAAGGACAUUACUUUUGAGAAUAACCAGAUCUGGCCUGGGCCUCGAAGCGUGUCUUCUCUGGAGGCCAUCACUAUUGGUGGUGGUACGGAGUAUCUCGUCCUGACUAUGGGCGAGGCAACCUCAAGCUCGGAAAGCCAUACCGGUAUUGGCAAGUCCCACAACGACGUAUGGCUGUUCCAAGUCCCGCCGGUAGGCAUGACGGCCGCGAGCAUUACGGCGGCCAUGUUCCAGGCUGUGGGACGCAAGACGGGCGAAGGCAAGUGGACAAAGGUGACCAUGGGCCCUUAUGACGAGGAGGUUUUGGAAAUGCCGCGGGGCCGGGGCUGGUUGGCGAGUGCACCGAUGUCUGAUCUGGAAGAAACCGGAAUUGUGAUUUGGGGAGGAACGGAUGAUAACAACAGGAGGCGUGGAGAGGGAUGGAUCUUGAGGCUUGUUUAA